AUGUCUACACAGGGGCAAGACGUGCCCCAACAUAAAUUUAGCAAAUCUGGACGUAUACCACCUCCACUACCACCAAAAUAUAAAAAACCUCGAUCACAUUCCCUUAGUGCUGAUGGAGAACAACAACAUGAAUCAUCAAGCGAUGAAACAACACAUGAAACACCCUCGGAAAAACUUAAUGUUUCUCAAAUUCGAAAGAGAUUUGAAAAUCAAACAACUCCUGAAGUAUCUCAACCACAGACUUAUAAAAAAAGACCAUCUAUGCCAAUAGCAACAAUUGUUCAGACAAAUAUUUCACCUUUACCAUCUCCUACACCAGGAUCAACAAUUAUAACAACACAUUUUAAACAAUCAAAUGAAACACCUACUACUACAACAACAUCCACGAAACAAUCUAUAUUUUCAAAAGCGAAAUCAUCCUCACCAACUCCACCAUCUGAUACAUCAAAUGCUACAAUAAUAAAAAAUUUUUUUCGUUCUUCAAUCAAUAGUAUUAAAAGUGGAACUACUUCAUCUAUUGAAGAACAUGAUCAUCUAUUGUCACCAUUACCAAAAUCACCUGAUUCUUCACUACCACCAGAGAACGAUAAUAAUGACCAUAUCAAAUCAGUUCGAAAAAUGCGUGAGUUUUUCGAUGUACACAAAAAUCCUCAUGUUUAUCAAGGAUCAACAUCGAAUCAUAAUACUCAACCAAUACAUAAAUCACAUUCAUCUGGUUUAACACCAAAUUCUCGUCAACCUCCGCCACGUCCACCACCUCGUCCAGAAAAUUAUCUUAAAUCUCAAAUAUCUGAUUGGAAUUCUGCUCCAUCAAUUGAUACAACCGAUAGUAUAGCCGGUGAUUCUAGUCUUUCAUCAAAUUUAAAUUUAAGUCGAUGUAAUUCAUCAGAUGUAUCAUUUAGUGAUGAAGAAGAAGAUUAUGAAGCUGAACGACAAAUUAAAUUACGUCGAUGUUUAGAAGAAGUUCAUGCUACUGAAAAAACUUAUGUGAAUAUUCUCUAUGUACUUUCCGUUAAAGUUUCUGCUGAAAUUAAAAAUACAUGUGAUAAAGAUGAUAAUCUUAUAGUAAUAUUUAAUAAUACAUAUAAACCAUUACUUGGUACAAUACAACAAAUCUAUCAAUUACAUUAUAGUAUGAUAUUACCUGAAAUUGAAGAAUAUAUUAUUGGUCAACGUACUGGUAAUAUGUGGACAGUAUUAGAAAAAAAUUUUAAAGUUAUUGAAGUAUUAUAUAAAAAUUAUUAUGUUACAUAUGAUGAUACUCAAGGAAAAUUAGAUGAUUUAUGUAGAAAUUAUCCAUUAAUUAAUGAUGCUAUGGUUAAAUGUCAAGUUCAUCUUGGUAAUUUAUAUCCCAUAACUCAAUUGAAUUGUCCAAAUCAACGUUUACUUCGUUAUAUUCUUUGUAUGAAAACUUAUAUGAAAUAUCUUGAUCAAAAUUCUGCUGAAUAUAAACAUACACGUUCUAUACAUGAUGAACUUGAUCGUAUAGCUGGACGUUGUGAAGAAGAAUUAGUUAUAUCAUCAACACAAUUAAAUGAAUUAAAAGAACGUCUUGAUAAUAAAUUUGAAUGUAUUAAAGAACAUCGUAAACUUUUAUGGCAUGGUUCAAUUAAAAAAAUAUCUCCACGUCGUUAUAAUGAUAUAGCACAACGUUAUAUGAUUUUAUUUUCAGAUUGUAUACUUGUAUGUAGUGAAGAAUCAGGACAUAAACUUGAUAUAAAACGUGAAUUAUCAAUGAGAGGUAUAACUAUUGAUAUAUUACAAAGUACACGACCAUCAUCAAUAGUAUCAAAUAUUGAUCAACAAAAUAAUGGAAUUAUAUAUUAUCCAUUUCGUGUUAAUGCUGUAGAAAAAUCAUAUGAAUUUUUAGUUGAAAAAGAAUCUGAUCGAGAACUUUGGAUAAAAAAAAUUCGACAAGCAAGUAAUGAUUAUAAUCGAAGAAAUUCAAUAAUUGAAAGUUUACCUCUAUGGAGCGAUAUAUUUUUCUUUUCGAAUAAAUAUUAUUUUCCUAAAGCUGAAGUUCGUCACUCACUUAAUCGACCUGAUGAACAACAACUUGGUACACGUGCUCCUGCGUGGAUUAAUGAUCUUGAUGUAACACGUUGUCAAAAUUGUAAUAAUCGUUUUCGUACAACAAUUAUUUUAUCACGACGACAUCAUUGUCGUUGUUGUGGUCAAUGUAUAUGUGGUUCAUGUUCAACAAAAAAAUUGCUUCUUGAAUAUUGUAAAAAUGAUGGUGAAGUACGUGUUUGUGAUACAUGUUAUACACAUUUUACUGGUACAGAAUUAAAUAAAAAUUCAAGUAUAUGGCCAAAAGCAACACGUGAUAUUGAUCGAACUGUACUUUUUGGUGAUUUUCGUACUGUUAAUUCCGGUACAAAUAUAUGGAUUGCUUUACAAGAAGAUUAUCAAUUACAUAUAUAUGGUGCUAAACUUGAUCAAGCUGAAGAAUAUUCUAUAGUACUUUCUGAUUUAAUUGAGUUACAUCUUGAAUCCGAUAUACGAACAUUUACAUUACGUGAAACAACUAAAACACAUAUAUUUGCUAUUGAUUCAAAUCAUCAAACAAUAUAUCAAAAACAUGAAUUACUUGAUGAAAAAUUGAAAAAUUCCGAUAAUAAAUUAACAUUUUAUACUAAUUUAUGGUAUGAAGCAAUGCGAUUAGCUCGUUCAACAACACUUCCUGAAUGGUAUAUAAGAAAACGUGAUUCUUCUGAUAGUGGUGUGAGCAAUGUCGGUUAA